CAUAUCCUUUACAGGUACAUUGAAGAACAUGUGCAGAGGACUGGUGUGGCCAUCGAGACCCAGGGCUUCACCUUCAUUACCAGUGGCCGGAAGCGGGAAUCCCUUACUGGAAAUGCUACACUUCAUCUUUAUCCUCACUUCAAGCCCCUGCAAGACAUUGAGGGUGUUGUGGAUUACUUGAAUACAGAGAUUAGCACUUCUAAGCAGAAGAAGUUCAGUCUGGUAACUUUUAUUGAUACCCCUGGUCUGGUUGAUGGAGACAUGAAGUAUCCAUUUGAUGUUAAUCAGUCCAUGCUAUGGCUAGGUGACCUGUGUGACUUAAUCUUCGUGUUCUUUGACCCAAUUGGCCAAGCAUUGUGCAAGAGAACUUUAAACAUUGUGGAGCAGUUGAAUGAAACUCACUCAGAGCGCAUUCGCUUCUAUCUCUCCAAAGCUGAUGAAGCAGGUCAUGAAAGUGACAGGCAGAGGGUAAUGAUGCAGAUUGUACAAGAAUUAUGUAAGCGCCCAGGCCUCAACAAGACUGGCUUUGAUAUGCCAACAAUUUACAUUCCCAAUCCAAACAAGCCAAGUCGCUGUGUGAACCAAAUUGAAGAGGUUUGCCGAGAUAUUGAGAAGACCAUUAAUCAGACAAUCCAGAAUACACUCAACCAGUUGGAAAAGGACUGUGACCAAAUUUCAACACUUGUUGAUGAAGCCAUUGAAGCUGACAAUGCUUCAAGGGCCUAUAAUUUCCGUGCUAAGGCAAAAGGAAUGGGCUUGUCCUUGUUUGGAUUCCUACUCCCAAUUAUACUGAUGCUGGAAGUUCUACUUUCUUCUGCUCCAAAGGAACUCGUUAAUAAUCUCUUCGGAGAGCCACUGGCUGAUACAUUAGCAACUUAUAUGGCCCCAUUAACAUCUUUCUGGAUGGCCAUUGGGGAGGAUAAUCAGCUGGUGGUGCUUGCUGUCGUACUGGUUGUGUCUGGUACUUUCCUCAUCAUCUCCCGCUACUGCAGCAAGACGAGGCCCACAUGUGGAUUUUUUUAUGUUUCUCCAGGCUUCACCAUCUCAGAUGAGUCAUUAUAA